AGGCGAAGCGCUGCGGGCAGCGGCGCGCCCGGACCGGCGGUAGCGGCACCGGGCACCGGCAGCAGCCCCAGCCCCGGCCAGAGCUGCUGGGGAAGGAUGUUUUCCUCGGUGAAGCCGUACGAGAACCAGCGCUAUGCCUCUCUGAAGAAGGAGUGCCAGCGGCGGAAGCAGCUCUUUGAGGACCCGCUCUUCCCCGCCAACGACGACUCGCUCUUCUACAAGUCAAGGAUUCAGGGCAUUCAGUGGAAGCGUCCCAAAGAAAUCUGCAAUGAYCCACGCCUCUUUGUGGAUGGGAUCAGCUCCCAUGACUUACACCAGGGCCAGGUGGGGAACUGCUGGUUCGUGGCUGCCUGCUCCUCCCUGGCAUCCCGGGAGUCUCUGUGGCAGAAGGUAAUUCCAGACUGGAAGGAGCAGGAGUGGAACCCUGAGAAACCCGAGAGCUACGUGGGGAUCUUCCACUUCCAAUUCUGGCGUUUUGGUCAGUGGCUGGACGUGGUGAUCGAUGACCGCCUGCCCACCCUCCACAAUCAGCUCAUCUACUGCCACUCCAACUCCAGGAAUGAGUUCUGGUGUGCCUUGGUGGAGAAAGCUUAUGCCAAGCUGUCAGGCUGUUACGAAGCUUUGGAUGGAGGCAACACAGCAGAUGCCCUGGUGGAUUUCACUGGUGGGGUCUCUGAACCAAUCGACCUGACYGAAGGGGACUACAUCGCUGACGAAGCCAAGCGAAACCUCCUCUUUGAGCGGGUGUUGAAGGUGCACAACAGGGGAGGCCUCAUCAGCUGCUCCAUCAAAGCCACGUCGGCGGCUGACAUGGAGGCUCGGCUGGCCUGCGGGCUGGUCAAGGGCCACGCSUACGCGGUGACGGACGUGCGCAAGGUGCGCCUGGGCCACGGCCUCCUGUCCUUCUUCAAGUCGGAGAAGCUGGACAUGAUCCGCAUGCGCAACCCGUGGGGCGAGCGGGAGUGGAACGGCGCCUGGAGUGACACCUCUGAAGAAUGGCAGAAAGUGAGCAAAAGUGAGAGAGAGAAGAUGGGAAUGACAGUGGAAGAUGAUGGAGAGUUUUGGAUGACUUUUGAAGAUUUCUGCARAUACUUCACGGACAUCAUCAAGUGCCGCAUGAUCAACACCUCCUACCUGAGCAUCCACAAGACCUGGGAGGAGGCAGUGCUACAYGGAGCAUGGACCAGAAGCAGUGACCCCUUGAAGAACCGCUCUGGAGGCUGCAUCAACCACAAGGACACCUUUCUGCAGAACCCCCAAUAUGUGUUUGAUGUGAAGAAGGCAGAAGAUGARGUGCUGAUCUCCAUCCAGCAGAAGCCCAAAAGGACGAGUCGCAAAGAGGGCAAAGGAGAGAACUUGGCCAUAGGCUUUGAUAUCCAUAAGGUGGAGCUGAACAGGAACUACCGGAUGCACACCCUGCAGCAGAAGGUGGCCAGCUCCAUCUACAUCAACUCCCGCAGCGUCUUCCUGAGGACCGACCUGAAGGAAGGCCGCUACGUCAUCAUCCCCACCACUUUYGACCCUGGUCACGAAGGCGAGUUCCUUCUCAGGAUUUUCACAGACGUGCCUUCAGACUGCCGAGAACUGACAUUGGAUGAGCCACCACACACCUGCUGGACUGGGAUGUGUGGCUACCCACAAGUAGURUCCCAGAUCCAUGUCCUUGCUGCAGCUGGGCUCAAGAAUCAGGACACCCAAGGAGGAGCUGACCCUUACGUGAUCAUCAAGUGCGAAGGGCAAAAGGUUCGCUCUCCGGUGAAGAAGAACACGGUAUCACCAGAAUUCGAUGUGAAAGGGCUCUUUUACCGAAAGAAGCCAGGACAGCCCAUCAUUGUUCAGAUCUGGAACCACAACUUGCUAAGUGAYGAGUUCUUGGGCCAGGUGGUGCUGACGGGGGACCCCAGUGACCGGCAGUCGGUGCACACGCUGCACCUCCAGGACAAGGGCAACAGGAGGUCCAACGAUCUCCCUGGAACCAUUGCUGUCAUGCUGCUCAGCAGUAACAUCCUCACCAAUGUCUGAGUGCUCAAGGACGGCUCCUCCGGUGCCACUAUGUGAAUAUAAACAUGCACACAUACAUAUAUAUGUAGAGAGAGAGACACACAGCCUUCCUGCCAUCUGCAAAGUGUAUAUGAACCAUGCAUGCAUUCCACUCCAAGGAGCCAAUCUUGUGUUUUCAAUGUUAAAAAAUGGUGCCUUUUUUGGGGGGAACCGCAACGAUCCUUCUGCUGGCGUCCUCUGCAGCCCCCCGGCUGCCACGAGCGCUGUGGGACCGCUGUGAGCACGCUGUGUGUCCUGACAGCCGGAGCACGGGGCCCUGGGGCUGUUUGUUUACACAGGCUGGCACGCACACGUGCCACCACGCACACGUGUGGCCACCGCGGUCCCAGYGGCUGCUUCUUCAGUGUGUCUGCUUGGGUUAAGAGUAGUGUGCAUGGAGUUGUCUCCCUUGAAAUUGCCGUGUAACUGCUUAUCUGUGGAGGCACCACAGCCAAGGAGGAGUGGCAAAGCUGAUCGGGGCCUGGGAGAUGUUUUUUGGGUGUGGCUUUGCAUACUGCAUCUGCAAGGAAAAUGCACCAAGGCAGCCCAAAUCCCAGAUCCGCAGGGGCAACAAGACCAAAGGCUCUAUCAUUUUGGGGAGAAGUGUCUCCACCCGAGUCUUGUUCAACCCCACACAACUCUAAAGGAUACAAAGGUGCCAAGAGCUGUGGGAUAACUGUUCUCUGGGGUCAAGUUUCUGAACCAGUCUGGACCCUGCUCCUGUGUGUGCCUCCUGAAUUCCUGUGGUGCCUGUUGUCUCCACGUCUCCAUGCCAUCCCCGUCCCAAGAGCUCGCUGGGCUGGAGCAAGCUGAGUUGUCUGCUGGGGCAGUUCAGUGUUUAGGUAAGAGAAGAUUGGUUCCUCUGAAGGCCAAAGUGUCCAGUUCAAGGGAUGGGAAGCUUCGCUCCGUGGGCUCCAUCUGUACUGCUGCCUACAGUGCAUCAUUUCUCAGUGCCUCGCUUUCUCAAAUUCUUUUUAAAAAUAGUGGGAUUUUAGCAUGUASUAGAGAAGCACUGCUCCCAGUGCAGCCUGAAAAUUCUGGGAAUAUUUGAUUCAUUCCAGUGUCCAUCUCUCACCUUUAAUUUCYAGUCUGCUAUCGUGGAGGGUGAGUUGCACAGUCCUAGAGCCAGUCUCACGAGCACAGCCUGAAUGCAUCCUUGGGGACGUGUCUAGGGCCACAGUCUGCUCCUGAUUUACAUGAAAACUGGGUUAAUCUUUUUUAUUCCACUGGGUGGCAGAAUCCRGCUUCUUAUAAACCAUCCCAGAUAAGCCAAACAACAACCCGUUGUCUGGCCUUUCAGCAGCUGAUUAGGACAGGCUUCAACCCCUUUUUUUUUUCUCCCGUUGUUUGGGGGUUUUUAUUCAUGUGCCUUUAAAGUGGUGCAAGUUAAGGGAUUUUUCAGUCAGAUUUUCUAACAAGCAAAUAUUUUGCAGUCAGCUGCAUGCAAGUGAAAGGAAAUURAUACAUAUUAUACAAUCUUUGAAUCUUGGUACAUUUUGGCCUGAGCUGAGUCCUUUUCYUGCUAAAAAAGUGAACAGGAAAGCCUUCUUUUGCCAUAGCAAAGAGUUUCUCCUUGUCCUACUGAACACUCACAUUUGUCCUGCMAGUCUGUUUGGGUUUUUUGUUUAAGUCAUUAGAGGUCUGCUACRUCUGAAACAUGGUACAGUGUUCCCCAAAGUCACAGUACCUGCUAGCUCAGUUCUUGGUGCAACCAGAAGCAGAUGGUGCAACUGCGUGGAUUUUUGCAGGCUGCUUUUCCCCUUUCCUCAUCUUCACAGUCUACCUCCUGCAGCUAURAGUUGGCUUUAUGGCCAGAUUUGCUUAUCUUCUUAGGUCUUGAAUUUCAGGACUUAAAGGCGAGAGGUAGUCCCCAUGAUGCUCUUUCCACAUCUCAAUUAUUCCUGGCUUGCACCCUCCAACUCCAGGUGCCAUCACUGGGACCAAGUUUAGUUCAGCAUCUUGCAGAAUUGACUUAAGAGCUCCCAGUUAGGUAAAGAAACCUUUUGAUCCCAAGGUCAAAGCAAAUUUGGGAAGAMCAAUGCAGAGAUAUUUUGAUUUUAUCCUAGUUUUGUUUAUGAGACUCAUCAGUGAAAGUAAAUGAAAGCAGGAUUGUGGGGCUGGAAGGUAUGAUUUGGGUGUUUGGAGAAGAUCUCACUGGCUAAUGCUCAGAGUGAUGGGGGAGARGGAUGCCCAAAGAUACCUCACCUGGUAGGGGGGUGAGCUAUUUGGCAUUGCAGGAGCGUGAGAGGAGCUUUGUACCCUCAUCAACAGAURGAGGUAUCCAGCUGCCUGCAUUAGCCUGGUUUUCUUGGGAAGAUGGGCUAUGGASAGCUGUUUGGCCAAGAGUGCCCUGCCACAUGCCAAAGGCACCGUGAUCCCCAAGGAGUGGUGCCAAAGCUCACCAAGGAGUUGUGGRGCCCUGGUACCCCAGGGAACCUCCUUCCUUCCUACAGAGAAUCAAGCCAUAAAGAGAGGAAAGGCAGCUUUUUAACAGCUUCUUAAAAAAAAAAAAAAAAAUCACUCUAUAUCAGGACCAAAUAGUCUUAAUAUCAGUAAUAUUUGUCCUUUUUUUUUUUUAAAAAAAAAAAAAGCUUUGGAAAAGUUCGAGCAAAAGCCUUCUUUCCCUACAUUUCCAAUGGAAUAACAAAAAUUACCUUUCUUACUCUUCUUUUUGUCUUAUUUGUAGAAUGGAUGAGGGAGGAGAGUUAUUGAAAUGCCAUUCUUGUUUUUGAUGCCUUUUCUCUUUGAAUGAAGUAACCAGAAACAUUCAGGGUUUGKUUUUUUUUUUAUUUUCUGAGAGGAGKGCAGGUCUGAUAGGCCCUUUCCAGUCCCUCAUGAGUGGGGUAGGCCAUGUGUCUGAUUUAUUUCACAUUUCUUUUGUUAAUCAUUUCAAUGGUUGCAAGCAGCCUGGCGUUACACUCUGUGGAAUCCAUUUCUUUAGAUAUCAGCCUGUUAAAGCAGGCUGUCUUCAUCUCCAAAGUCGCUGACGUGUCGUGCUGCACAAGAUCAGARUGGUCCAAGCAGAAAGCCAACAUUGUACAGCUGUAAACCUCCUAUAAAUAAAUAAAUUGUGUAUAUUUU